AAAGCAAAGUGUAGAUUGGGAAGCGGGGACGAGAUCCAGAGCAAACGAAGAUUGUGCAAGUAACAGCUUCCAACAGGCUCCCAUCCAGCAUGGCUCUUGUGCACGAUACGACUUAUAACUCCUCCAUCAAGGAACACUUGGAGGCGGGAAUGCAAGAGCUUGUGCUCCUCACCGGGCUUCUGCUCCUCCCGUGGUCAAAUAAGGAGGAGAUGUGUGCUAAAACCCACGGCCAGGUCACCAAAGCAUCGCAUCAUUUUUCCGAGGCUGAACGUAGGCUCGAGUCUCGCCUGCAGCUACUUGAUUCCCAGUCGGAGGCCUUGAUAGCAAUGAAGAAACUCAUGCAAGAUGACCUGCAGGAGAAGAAGGGGGACUUAGCAGACCUCGGAACCCAGAUCGUUGCCCUCAAGGAAACUGAGAAGAAGUCCCAGCAAAUGCUGGAAACUGCGGAGCUGCGUCUGGAACAUACAGAGGAGCAGCUGAGACUGGCUCGUGAGGGAGUGGCAAGGAACAGUGUGGGCCGGAAAAUCGGAAUCCAGAUGAUGGCCCUGCCGGGGCUCGGGUCAUUCAUUGGAGCUGGCAUGGCUAUUGGUUACCAGGCGGCCUUGGACUCAGCGGAGAAACUAGUACUUGAGGCACAACAGGCUGUGGACCUCUGCACUGCAGAAGUGGCUGGCUACAGUGACAAGAUUGCACGCCUCUCCCGAAAGGAGCAGAAAGUGCAAACCGGAAUCAACUCCGCAAAUCAGAGGAUCCCCCAGAUUGAAGCCCAGUGUGGUGAGCUGCUUGAUCUCCAGAGGGGGGUGACAAUGCAGCAGUCCUGGAUCAGAAACUGCCUUUCCCUGCUGGAUCUAUUGGCAGGCAAGAUUCACGCAGCUGAAGUCAUGUCCAGCUACGCCUGCGUUCCUGAGCUGCUGAUGGGUGUCUUGGAGGAAAUCGCAGCCGUGGUGGGAGGGAAGCAUGGAGCAGCAUUCCUCGCUGAUAAGGAACUCCAGGCCUCCGUUCUGGAAAUCAACAAAGCUGUGAAUUCUCUGAGAGCCAGGGCAGGAAAGAAUGUGUCCACUGAUGAUUAACCUCUCCUUGGUCUCUCCGAUCAAAAUGAUUUUAAACAGUAAUGCACUGUACCUGUUUCCCCAUUCCAUUUCCCC